CAUCAGGCAGGCUCACAGCUGCAGUUUUUUUAUUUCUAAAUUUCUGUCACCCUGUGUCACCCGUAGUUACCACAUCAAGGUCGUACGUGGGCUGUUUAUCUCAAUAUUCAGACACUAUUUAUAUUCCUAAAAUAUUGCUGACUGUGAACAUAAUAUUUAUCUAGUAUCUAAAGUAUUUGUAUCAACUCCAGUGGCAUUUGCGUAGCAGCUAUGAAAGUACUAUCAAGUUUGAAUGAUGUACCCGAACUUCGGAAGGGGAAUGUUCACAUACGAAAUGAAGAGGAAUUGUUACAAAAAUUAAAUAAAAUGAUUAAGGAUGGUCCUAGCAAGCUGCAGAUAGUAACAGACUUUGACCACACGCUGACCAGGCACACAAUGGACAAUGGAACCAGUGUACUCACCAGCUUUGGUAUGUUCCGUGAGUGUCCUUCAAUACCUCAGCAUUACAAAGAUGAAGACAAUCGGCUGUCUGGCAUUUACAAGCCUAUUGAGUGCGACCCAGUCAUGAGCAUUGAGGACAAAACCAAGCAUAUGAUUGACUGGUAUGUGGCAGCACAUGCAUUGCUCAAAGGAGUAAAAUUCCCAAGAAAUGAAUUGAUGGAUUCAGCAUACAAAAUGGUGCAGUGUUUCAGGAAAGGCGUGAGUGACAUGAUAGACUGGAGCAAGGCUCAGCAGGUCCCGGUAUUGGUGUUCUCUGCCGGGCUCGGAGAGGCCGUGCUUGCUGCCAUGAAGGCUGCCAACUUCUUGCUGCCUCAUGUCAAGGUAGUAUCAAACUUCCUAGCAAUGGACGAAAACGACUACAUAGUGGGCAUCAAAGGCGAAGUUAUUCACACGUACAACAAGAACGAGACCGCCAUCAAACACACUGAGUACUACGACAUGGUGCGCAUGCGCUCCAACGUCAUCCUCAUGGGGGACAACAUCGGCGACGCGGGGAUGGCCGAGGGGAUGGAACACUGCGACGUCGUCGUCAAGGUCGGCUUCUUAGGAAACAACGCUGAAGGUAACCUACAGAAUUACCUCAACAAGUUCGAUAUCGUUCUCGUCAACGAACCAACCAUGGAUGUAGUGAACGCCGUACUACAAUUUAUACUGUGAUUUUAAUUGUGAUCGUAGUCAAUGAAAUUUUAUAAUUUAUUGUUAGUGAUGAUUUGAUGACGAUGUUCUUGUCAGAUUUUAUUUUAAAUAGUGCAAUAGUUUUGUAGCCAGACCCAUUCUGAGGCAUGAGGGUAUUAUUGAGGCAGCAUUUUUACAUUUAUUCACUGAACUAUUUUGGAUUGUCUAAUAUUCGAGCCAUUUUUGUACACUAAUGUAUUGUUUUAAUUAUACAUGUUUACGACGAUAUUUCUACAAACUAAUUAAGGUUUAAAUUAAACUUGUUUAAUUAAGGUUUUACGGACAGGUUUCAUAAGAUGUUUUUUUUUAUAACUGUUGUUAUUUAAUGUUAGUAAAGUAUUCUGCUACAGGUUUUCUUAAAUCUAUACAUAAGACACGGCAUUUAAAUAAUAAAUUAAAUAUUGAUUCAAGUUAACCCAAUACUAACAAAAUUGACGCUCCAACUUAGUAAAUUAGUUGAUAAAACACAUUCGAGCUAUAUACUAGAUAUACAUACUUACCGUACUAAUGUACUCAGGUAUUGUAUUUAUUUAUUUAUUUAUUUAUUUAUUUAUUUCCACCAAACAUACACUAUUUUUACAGGUGCCACCCAAUGCAAUAGCGUAGUUAUUUUUACAUACACUUAUUUAACACUUACAAAACUUAAUACAUACUUAACCAUAAAAAACUAAACUAAUACAAAAAAUAAAAUAAAAUUUCAGUUGUAUCCAAUCGAUAACAUAGCAUAUGCGGCUCUGGUAAGUUCAUUCGUAGUGCAAUGAAACAGAUCUAACCGUUGUGACAAAGCGUUAAGCGCUCGCAGCGCCCGCGUGAGAGGCGCUCGCUGCAGCAGGUUAGUGCGCGCGGGUGGCACGCUCAGCAGCGGCGGCCGGCGCCGGCGCCCCACGUACCCGUCCGGAACACACAGCGACACCGUGCUCAGAACUCCAGGAUUGUGAAUUUUGCCACUCAUAACUUUCCAUAGGUAAACAGCGAGAGCGACCUCCCUUCUAACUUCCAAUCUGUAAUAUCCUAUCAUACCCAGUAUAAACAGCGUAGGAUAUAAUAGUGGAUAUCCUGGGUACACACCGUAUUGCUUUAAGUACAUGAACCUCAAAAAUUUAUUUUGUAUCCUUUCCAGCAUUAAUUGAUAUUUAGUUUCAUGAGGUCCCCAAACUACCGCAUUGCACUCCAGGUGACUUUUUACGAGUGCUUCAUAUAAUGUUUUGAGUGCUCUAAAGUUCGUAAAUGUGUUUGCUAUCCUCAACAGCAUUCCUAAAUUGCGGUAAGCUUUUUUACAAACCUGAGUCACGUGGUUUCGAAAAUGUACAUCAGCAGUGAAGCGCACCCCUAAAUCCCUCACCUCAGAGACUCGCUGUAGCGGAGAACCUCCCAUGUUGUACUGAUGGUGGCUGGGGCUGCGGGCACGACUGAACGUACACACAACACAUUUGUUCACGUUAAAAUAUAAUUUAUUCUGAACACUCCAUUCGACUACCCGAUCUAUGUCCCGCUGCAAAGUGUCAUGAUCCGUUCCCUGCUUCACUUUGUAGACCAAUUUCAAGUCAUCAGCAAACAACAAGGGUGUCGACUCGGUGACUACAUUUGGCAAAUCAUUUACUGUUAUAAUGAAAAGAAGAGGUCCCAAGUUGCUGCCUUGACUGACACCUGAUCUCGUGAAGUAGGGUUCAGAAAGCUGUCCGCCACAGUCGACGUACUGACAUCUAUCUCCCAGAUAGCUGGCUAAGAAUGACAAAGUAUGUGUUGUGCAUCCUACGUCAGCUAACCUGGACAGAAGUAUGUCAUUAUCCACUGUAUCGAACGCCUUUCUGAAAUCGAAGUAGGCAACAUCCACUUGCUGUCCAGCGUCCACCGUUGGUACAAUCUGUGUCAUGAGAUCCAGCAGGUUCCCCGUCGUUCCCCGCCCGGGCCGGAAUCCAUGCUGUGCAUCGGAUAGAAGAGCACUUAUUUGCGGAUACAGACUAUUGUGGCAUUUAAUGUAUUUUAGCAUUCAUGUACACAUUGCAAUAUGUGGAAUACGUGAGAGAUUAAAUACGAUUUAAUGUAAACAAUAUUUAUUGGGUCUGGCUAAACGUGACUUUAGAGUUUAGAUGAAGACUAUUUUCAGCUAUCUAAUGAUGGUGCAAUUUUUGUGACGUGCCCGCCAUUUGCCGCAAAAAUGGCGCCAAAGGCGAUGUGAUACCUUUUCCCGCGCCGUUAUAAAGGCAGCCGAAAAUAGUCUUCUUGAUUAUAUAACUCGGCAUUACUAAUCAUUUGUCUUGACUUACUGUGAACUACUCCAAAGUAAAUAGAGAUUCGAGCUUCUUUUAUAAAUAUCUUUUAAAUGGUCAUAGGCCUCUUAAUGUGUAGAUACUUUAGAUAAUCGUAUGCUUCUAAUAAAUGAAUAUAAAGAGUCAAACUCGUUACGCUCUAUUCUCUAUUCCUCGGCAUUUGGAUUGAAUUUUAUUAAAUUUACUUACUUUAUUACUUAUACAUUUUGUACAUGAAUACGUCAUAAUAUUAGUAUUAAUAGAUCUACUUGGAAAUAUUCGAUAUUAGUCUAUGAACCAAUGGUGUUGAAUAAAGUACAAAUGUACAACACUGCUUUAAUUUGCAGAGGCUUUAUUUAUUUUUAAGGGACAAGCUAUGAAAAGUAAAUGGCGAAUUUUAAUGGUAUUUUGACCUGUAUUUCUGUUUUUCACUCUUUUCAAUACUAAAAUAUCUAUGUAGCAUUGUUGAGAAAGGGGGCGCUGUUGUUAUAAAGUAUGUUUGAAUUAAUUAGCAUUACAUGUAAGUAAUUAUUUCAUGAAAUGAAGAUGUUCUACAAGAACAUUAUGACAUCCAUUGGUUUAUAGACUGUUGAUUAAGUUUUGUUUGGUUAUUGUUGAUUUAUGCCUAUAACUAUAAUUAUUGCAAUAUUAUUAUAUUCUGCAUACUUGGUAUGUCUUUCGAGCAUAUUGCAGAGUUGUUUAGUUAGAUGCUAUGAAAUAUUUUGUUGUUUUGCUCUCGGAUACAUUCUAUAUUUUUUGUUGAUGUUUUCGAAAGGUAAAGAUGAUGGCCAAUCCCGUGGGUGUAUAUAAUUUCUUCACGGAAUACACAUAGUAUGCGCACGCGCAAGUAUGCAAUUUUUCGCAUUUUUACUAGUUUUUAUGUACGCCGUGGAUUGUCCAUUGUCUUGCAAGCAAAUAAAUUAUGUAACUUUACUUACUGAUUCGACCUGUUUAUGGUAUAACCGCAACGUCAAGCACUGUUUGUAAUUAGUAAUUACGCAUUUUGCUUUUAUUGUUCAAAUUAUCGUAAAUCUGUAGUAAUUCAUGUAUAUGAUAUUAUUAUCCCACUAUAGUAUACCUAAUUGUCAACUUUAGAUCUGCACAAACCACUUGAUGACUGUAAUGUUGACAAAUUCAAAAGACAUGUGCGACGAGGGGAGAAAUAAAACAAUAUUUGUAAUGAAAUUAAAUAA